AUGGCGAAUACAGACGAGAUCUCCCGGGCUUCGAGAGGACUGGGAAUCCCCUCUGCCGUCCUGCAACCUCGGCCAGAACUUGUCCAGGAAGAAGGUAUUGACAUCAUUUCUUUCAACAGCACCGCCGAGAUCGCGGCCAACGCUCCCCGAUACCGCCGCAAGAGCUCAACGUUCAUCGAUGGCAUCCACGAUGUUCCUGAAGACCAAGAUAUGGCGCCGGCCCAGCUCUACAGCACCAUGUCCGGCCGCCUGUUUCACUCUGGCCGCAUUGCCAUUGUCAUGGUUGGCCUUCCAGCUCGUGGCAAAACUCACAUUUGCGUGUCUCUGGCGCGUUACCUCGGCUGGUUGGGAGUCAAGACUCGCAUUUUCCACCUUGGAGACUACCGUCGUGCCACAGUUGGCAAGGGCGGCAUCGUUCCCGAAGACUACUUCUUUCCGGAUGCGUCUCCUCAGUCAGUCAUUCUUCGUCAGAAAAUCCUGAAGAAAUGCCGUGAGGACAUCUACGCCUGGCUGAACCAUGAGAAUGGUCAGGUCGCUAUCUACGAUGCUGUCAACCCUACUGCCGCUGGUCGUCGCGCGCUUGCUAAAGAGCUCGCGAAGCAUGACGUUCAGACACUCUUUAUCGAGUCCUACGUCAAUGACGAGGGUAUCUUGCGUGAGAAUGCCCGCAACGUUAAGAUCUCGUCCCCCGACUUCGCCGGCAUGGACCCCGAUGAGGCCGCCAAGUUGUAUCUGCGCCGCAUUGACAUGAAGAUCCCCGUCUUCGAGACCAUGGACGAGAAGGAGCUCAACUACAUCAAGAUGAUCAAUGCGGGCCAGAAGUUUUUCUACAACAACGUCUCCUUCGGCUACCUGUCUCACCGUAUUGUUUUUUAUCUCACGAACCUCCACAUCAAGUCACGCACCACCUACUUUGUCCGCGCCGGCGUCACAACGGAGGAGGAUUCGUACAAGGCUGACGCCCCUCUUUCCGAGGAAGGUAUCGCGUAUGCCGCCAGGAUGUCCGAGAUAUUGUUGAAGCACCGCGAACAGGAGCGUGCCGCCCUCGUCGAGCGAGGUGGCCCUGACGUCCCCCUCCGCCCCCUGUCCGUCUGGACUUCCACUCGUUGCCGGACCGUUCAGACUGCCGACUAUCUCAAGAAGAAGGGCUUCAAGGUUCGCCAGCGCUCGCAGAUGAGCCAGAUCAACCCUGGCGUCUGCGAGAAGAUGUCGGAGCGUGCCAUACGUCACCUUUACCCCGAGGAAGUCGAGAAGCACGAGCUUGACCCGUACCACCAUAGAUACCCGCGGGCUGAGUCCUACCACGAUCUCGCCGUUCGUUUAGAGCCCAUCAUUCUGGAGCUGGAGCGCGAGCAGAGCGAUCUACUCAUCAUCGCCCACGAGUCAGUCCUCCGCGUCCUGUACGCCUAUCUGAUGCACUGCGCCACGAUGGACAUCCCCGUCCUCAAGUUUCCCCGUGACGAGAUCAUUGAGAUCAUUCCAGCCGCCUACCAGAACGAGGCCAAGCGUAUUCACAUCCCUGGCAUCGACCCCAAGAUCACACCCGGCUCGCCCGAGGAUAUCCACAUCCCCGUACCCGGAAGCGGCCUCGCCAGCGGCAAUCUGUCCCCCAUGCCGGGUCUCUCGUCCCCUGCAGAACCCGCUGAGCGUCCUCCCGAGAAGGUCAUUAACAAGGCCGCGGAGAUGGUUGCCGACAGACAGAACGACGAGGACUAG